AUGCCGAUAGGAAACAUUAUUAAAAAGGCAUCAAACUUUAUACUUGGCGACGAAAGGUCAGAUAAAAAAAUCGAUAUUUCCUACGAAGACAACGAAAUACUAUUUUGCAAAAAUAAUGUAUGCAUUCAUCCACCAACUUUGGCAAGAAAUGAGUCGGAUAUUUUACACUAUCCAGGAUAUUUGACGUGCACGACAAAAACAUUUAUUGACCAAUACAAUAGUGCGAAACGACCCACUCUUCUACUCACAUGGAUACCAAAUGUGCAGAUGUGCAAAUGUACGGCAACGGCAUUGGAUGACGGAGCCGUCGAACAUUGCCAGCUGGCUAAACGAUUCUCAGCGGAACAUGGUAAUGGAUUUGCUCAUAGUGCUCCAAUAAUUGCAAGUGUUCCAAAAACCUUGGAAUUGGAGGGUGAAUCAGAGCGAUCCCUGGAUGAAUGUGCGGCUGAGAUGCAAGAGUUGAAAAAUGAACUGCAGCCAUUGCUGGGCGGACAAAGUGCUUCUAUAGAUGACUUGGCUGUGCUGCUGAAAAAGAAUCCAAUAACAUCUGUGAAUAUAACCAUCUCGAAUCCGCAGAUUGAGAAUAGCAAUAUAUCUCAAUCGUUCAAUUGCAUAACUAUAACACCAGAUCGUGAAAACGAUUGUACGACUGGAGGAGGAGGUGGAGUUCAGAAACAAUUAAACUCAGACGGUUCAGUGGCAUCGGAUGAUAACAAUCCCAACUGGAUGACGCCUGAGCUAUUGGCUUUUAAGCACAAUUUGGAUUUCCCAGACAGUGCCAACACAACACCAACUGUACGCCGCAAGGCUAUAAUGAAGUGUCGACGAUUCUCGGUGGACUUGAGUCAAAUGCGUUCCCUUCGCUUAUUCUUUAACGAUGACAAUUGCACCUCUGGUCAGUUGGUGAUAGCCUCUCGUGAGUCACAAUAUAAAAUACUACAUUUUCAUUAUGGCGGGCUUGAUCAUUUGGCACAGGUUUUGCAUCAGUGGCAUUGUUUUCUUCACAACAUUACCUUGGCGCCGGGUCAGGAGAAACUUAAUUUGCCGUAUCGUCAUUUCAUGGUGUGUCGUCCGGAAGUCAAAAAGUCCGAAAUGCAUCCCGAUGAGGGCAAUGUGAAAAAAAUAACUACAAACUUCUUUUAUGGCACAUUGUUGAACGAGAAGGGUCAAAUUGAAGACGAUUUGCUUUUACGCAAAUGUGUCUUCUUUGGCGGCCUUGAGAAAAGCCUUCGCAAGACUGUCUGGCCAUUUCUAUUAAAAUGUUAUUCCUUUUCAUCCACAUUUGAGGAUCGCGCUGUCCUAAUGGAUAUCAAGCGGCAAGAGUAUGAGGAAAUUACCCGAAAACGACUCUACUCAAUGUCACCAGAGCAGCAGGUUCACUUUUGGAAAACUGUUCAAUGUGUGGUAGAAAAAGAUGUUGUGCGAACCGAUCGUACUAAUCCAUUCUUUUGUGGCGAUGAUAAUCCCAAUACAGAAGUUAUGAAAAAUAUUCUAUUAAAUUUCGCAAUUUACAAUACCGGUUUAUCUUACUCGCAGGGAAUGAGUGAUUUACUAGCGCCUGUCCUAUGCGAGGUACAAAAUGAGUCGGAAACAUUCUGGUGUUUUGUUGGUCUAAUGCAGCGGGCGUUCUUCGUGUGCACACCCACGGACAACGAUGUGGACCAUAAUCUAAGAUAUCUGCGUGAGUUGAUAAGGCUGAUGCUGCCACGUUUUUACGAACACUUGCAACAACACAACGACGCUAUGGAAUUACUCUUUUGCCAUCGAUGGCUUUUGCUGUGCUUUAAACGAGAAUUCACCGAGGCUGUAGUCAUUCGAAUGUGGGAAGCUUGCUGGUCAAAUUAUCUCACUGAUUACUUUCAUUUAUUCCUUUGCCUUGCCAUUAUUGCUGUCUAUGCCGAUGAUGUGGUUGCUCAGAAUUUGCGUGCGGACGAGAUGUUGUUGCACUUCAGCUCGCUGGCUAUGUAUAUGGAUGGACAAUUGAUUUUACGCAAGGCACGCGGCCUACUCCAUCAAUAUCGGCAACUACCAAAGAUUCCAUGCACCUUGAGUGGACUGUGUAAACGAUGUGGUCCAGGCAUGUGGGAUUCAGAGCAUAGACCGGCACUUGAAUGCAUUGGCCAUACCGACGAUGAGAAAUGCUCCUUGGCCAUUGAUUAGAUGCUUUGGUUUCGCUUAACUUAUGUAAAUGUGAUUGUUAAGAAAUAUGCAUACCAAUUUUUGUUUGCUCCUUUUUUUGUGCACGCAUCAAUUCUUGUGGAAUAUAUAUAGUCCGCUUUAUUACAACUAGGAGAAAAAUGUUUAUGGAACAACAACUACUACUACUCUCAUUCUAGCAAUUCGUUAUUGAAAUUAUGGUAGAACAUAUAUAAAGGCUUAUUGUACAUACAUACAUAAAUGCAUAUAUCUAUAACCGCUCAAUAUAUACUAAAGCCUAGUUGUGGCUUGUUAUCAAUAUCGAGAUGAUUAUGCGCUAGAAUGUGGAUGAUCUAUAUACUUUAUAUGUAUCUCUCACAAUAAUAUAAUAUCUGUGCUAAAACGUACUUUAAAACCACAAAAGAGCCUUAAGUUUCGACCCAUAGCAGGUCUAAACCAUUAACAUUUUCUUGAAGCAUUUUUUUCUUACUUCUUUUACGUUGCGUCUAUUGUAUUAAAUAUUAAUUGG